CAAGAUUCUCGAAGCAAGUGAGGAGUUGGUAAACACUGCCUUCGUCUGAUCUUUUGAAACACCAGGAAACUGUAGAGGUGAAAAAAAUUUUGGUGCCCCAGUCUUAUCUUGCAUGCAAAUUAACAUCUAUAUUAGUCCAGUCAUCCAGAGGUUUGGAGUGCUUUGUCUUCAGUGUGCCAAGGAUGAACAACUGCACUUCACCUUCAGCGGGUGAGGUGGCGUAUGUGUCAAAUUGAUGACUGACCAUAGGAGUAGCAGGAUACAAGACAGCAAAAGUAAACUGAGGAUCAGGGCAGACAGAACUAAGGUGAAAGGAUGAGGCCAGAAUAUCUGUGGAACUGCUAGUCUCCAGCAGGAACCAUUUGGUUCUAGAGUGCCAGCACCAUGCGGUGUUUCCUGAGGCGUUCACUUACACUGGCCAUUUUCCUCCUAGUGUUCCUGCUUGUCAUAAAUCUGGUUUCAUGGCCCCGAGAGGAUCCUGAGAUGAAAGAGAUACAGCAGUGGGCUCAGGAUUUGGGAAUGUACCAACUUCAUGCUGAUUGGAACCGACAAAGUCUUCAACAGCUAAGCAAUGCCACCAACUUUCUGAACGUCUCCUAUCGUUCUCUUGCUGGCACUCCCCCAACCCAAAAGAGAUUCCUCACGGUGGGCCUAUGUUCUGUCAAGCGGAAACGUGGGAACUACCUCUUGGAAACCCUCAAAUCAGUCUUUGAACAGUCUGCGCAGGAAGAGCUGAGAGAGAUGGUGGUGGUGGUACACUUAGCUGAUCCAGAUGAGAACUGGAAUGCUCAAGUGGUGGAGAAAAUUACCAAAAGGUUUGCUCGACAGCUUUUGCUGGGCCACCUGUUGGUUGUCCACGCUCCUUUUGAGUACUACCCUCCCCUGGAAGGCCUAAAGAGAAACUUUAACGAUGCGGAAGACCGUGUCCAGUUUAGAUCCAAGCAAAAUGUGGAUUACGCCUACCUCAUGAACUUUGCUGCCAACCUCUCCACCUACUACCUCAUGAUAGAAGAUGAUGUCCACUGUUCCAAAUCCUUCUUCAGAACUAUCCGGAAUAGGUUAGUGUCCCUUGAGGGCUCCUACUGGGUCACCGUGGAGUUCUCGAAGCUUGGCUACAUUGGCAAGCUGUACCAUUCCAGUGAUCUCCCUCGGCUUGCUCAGUUCCUUCUGCUUUUUUACCAAGAGAUGCCAUGCGACUGGCUUUUUGUGCAUUUCCGCCUCCUGCUCACCCAAAAAGAGGUCAUUCGUUUCAAGCCAUCUCUUUUCCAGCACAUGGGCCACUUCUCUUCCUUCCAAGGCAUGGCAAACAGGCUGAAAGAUGAGGACUUUGAAGAGGACCUCUCUAGAUUCCCUGACAACCCCCCUGCAGACAUGGUGACAGAUAUUGUGACAUUUGAGAAUUACCUGCCCAAUAAGGCAUACAGCAAUAUGGCAGACUAUUUCUGGGGCAAGGCCCCUUCUGCUGGCAACACAUUCACCAUUGUGUUUAAGAAGGCUGCUCACAUCUCCCGCAUUCAGAUCCAUACAGGGUCUGAGCAGCGCCCAGGGGACUAUCUCCGGGCUGGACUUGUGGAGUUGGGCACCCAGAAGGACAAGCUGCAGUGUGUCACGUACGUUCCCGUAGGACACUUUGAGCAUGGAGACUUUGACGGACAGAACCUGGAGAGCAGCACAGCCUCUGCCCCCGAGUGUGUGCGCAUCACAGUGACUAAGAGUCAGGCUGAAUGGCUGAUCAUAAGCAGCAUCAACAUAUGGCUAAAGCCUGGGUCUCAAUAAGUUUCACGCUGGAUGAUCAGAGUCCUUCGCAGAUUCAAAAUGCUGCUUGUGUUCCGUUUUUGUUCUGCUGUAAGAAUAGAGAGGGCAGAAGGAAAAACAGAUUCUGUAUCCUCAUGGAAACGGCUCCACUAGCAAGUGCAAAGAUGUAUGUACACAUCUCUUCACCAAGCAUUUGACCAUGGGAAGCCCACCAUCAGGGCAUGAGUGUAAUUGCAUUCUCCGUCUUACAAUCCCCAGGAACUGAUAUACAGGAGCAGAUAGUUUCUGAUACUGGGCAUGACACAUUGUCAUCCUGACCAAUAGCCACUGAUGGCUCAAGCUCCCUUCACUAAAGUAUUUGUCCCCCUUUUAAAACCAUCAAAGCAGGUUGCCAUCGCUGUAUCUUGUGGCGGUGAAUCUCCCAGUUUAACUAUGCAUUAUGUGAAGAAAUACUCCUUUUUAUUUGUCCUGAGUCCCCCACCAUUCAGAUUCAUUGGAUGACUCCAAAUACUAAUAUUAUGACAGAAAGGGGCAGGAGGGGAGCUGCCUAGCCAUUUUUUCCACACCAAGUUUUUUAUGAAUUUCUAGCAUAAAUCUCCCUUUGAUUGCAUUUUUUUGCUAAGAUAAGCAAGCCCCAAACAUUGUAAUCUUCUUUCAUAGAGCUGUUGCUUCAUCCCUUGAUCAUUUCGUUGCCCUUUUCUGCAACAUUUCCAGGUCUGCAAUAUCCUUUUUUCAGAUCCAGCUACCAGAACUGUACUUAGCAUUCCAGCUGUGGUUGCACUAUAGGUUUAUAUAAGGUUGGUAUGAUAUUGGCACUUCUAUUUUUAGUUCCUCUAUUUACUAUUCCUACUGCUGGUGUGCACUGGACUGACAUUUUCACUAAGCUGCUCCAACAACCCCAAGAUCCUUUGGAGUCAUAAUGAGUGGCUGUGUAAUUUGCAAAAUAAGUACUUGUGAUCUUUCCCAAAGCACUAGAAGCUCCCUUGAAGUAUUCUCCACUAAUGUGCCCAACUGAUAAUGUCUUCAGCUGAUCAGGGAGACCUACAUGGAUCUUUUCUGUCACUAGGCUUGGGAUAGUUUGUGUCCACCCUCCUUGGCAUGCUUCGAUUAAUAUUGCUAUCUUUUAAUGGGAUUGGAGAAGUACGUGAGUUGGAUGUAGGAACAGAAUUGCAAGCCCAUCUUGUAGCCCUGCAGACAUUCUGCCAAAAUUCCCACUGGCUGUCUGGUAUCCAUAUCUACUGCCCCUAGAUGAGCAGUCCUUUCACAGCUUCUCCAAAAUGCUAUCUGUGAAGGUGGAUGAAGGACCAUCACUUCUCUACUUCUAACACCGCUCACUGUGUCAAUUUUCGUCUAUAUCUCUCAGGUGCUUGCAUCCUAUAGCACAAAGCCAAGGGUACACAAAAGAAGUCACUUGUGGACUUCUGUUCAGCAAAACAGCAUGAAGCCCAUUUUUACAAAAAUAUGUUUUUCACUGAAGCUGCUGGAUCAGCUUCUUGCCCUUUCCUUUCUGGAUGAUUUAGAGAGGUUUCUCUACAGCAAAACAUACAAAUUGAUAUUUCUUAUCUGGAAUUACAAUUUGCCAGAAAAACUUGCCUGGAGGGAAAGAAGAACAAACUAUCUGCUGAGACUCUUAGUCUGGGGUAAGAUGAAACAUUCUACUCUAGACUGAGUGUAUGUUCUCUAACCUGCAUGCCUUUUUACCUGGGCCUGUGCUAGGGAUAUUCCUGUGGGUUAAAAGCUUGGUUUUCUUCAAUGGGAGCAUUAGUCUGACUCCUUACACCAGCUUCCUCUGGCCAAGGCCUAAAGGGGAAGCUUGCCACAGGGUGGGCCUGUCACCUGUAGGUUUUCACCAGAAGGUUGACACCGAAAAGAUCCACCUCUUUAGGAAAGUCUUUUUAUGAAUGAAGAAAGGUGAGGGCCAUUCUACCUGUGUGAGAGAAUGGAAGAAGGAAUGGUGGCAAUUUAUACUGUGUAUCAGCUUCCCUGAUUCGGGGAUGGAGGUGGGUCAUUGUUACCAGAGCUUCAGUUUU